AUGACGCGACCACGGGGCGAGCCCCACGCCGGUCCUGCCAACCCCGCGCCCGGCGAGUGGAAGCCAAAGGCGGUGUCGGGGGAGCCCGGCCUCCCUCCGCCCCCCAGCCCCGGGACCCCGAGUGCCACUCCAGUCGCGUCCCCCGCCGUCCCGGCGUCCAGCCCCGUCAGUGCCACUCCCAGCCAGCGCCGGGGGGUCUCCGCCGCCACCAGCGCCAACGACGCCUUCGAGAUCAGGCCGGCCCCCAAGCCGGACUUGGAGACCAUCCCGCCAGGGGACCUCCAGGCCCGGGCCCUGGCCAGCCUCCGCGCGAACUCCCGGAACUCCUUCCUGUUCAUCCCCAAGCGCAAGGCCUCCGGGCACCCUCCCCCCGGGGGCAGGCAGUCCGCCGAGCUGCCAAAGGGAGAGGUGGGCCGGGCCUCUCAGCGCCAGAAGCUCGGAGGCCAGCUGGCGUCCGGAGGGGAUGGGGCGCCAGACCCUGAGAGGGGCCUCUCGGUGGUCCUGGGGCCAUGGCCGGCUCCCACCCUCACAGAUCAGGCUGCCGAAAGUCAGAGGCCAUCCUCCCCUCCCCUCUUCCUACCGGCCACCGCUGAAACGCAGCCCUCUGAGGGCUUGGCCAAGGACAGCCGGGAACCUGGGCGGCCAGGACUGCCGGUCACAUUCAUUGAUGAGGUGGACUCCGAAGAAGAAGCAUCCCCUCAAGAAGCCAAACUGCCCUGCUCAGGGGUUGGUGUAACUCUGCAGUACCACCUGCACCCCACCAGGCCUGGGCACCCAUUGGAACUCCAGCACCGAGGCAACAACACGUUCACAGUGGUGCCCAAGAGGAAGCCAGGGGCCUGUCAAGAACCACGAUUCAGCCAGGCCAGUGGGGAGUCCCAGCCAAGGGAAGCUGAGGAGGAGGAGGCUGCUGGCCUCUUGGGAUCCCAUGCUGCUCUGGAGAGCACCCUAAAGAAGCGCUACCCUACGGUGCACGAGAUUGAGGUGAUCGGUGGCUACCUGGCCUUGCAGAAGUCCUGCCUCACCAAGGCUGGUUCCUCAAGGAAGAAGAUGAAAAUCUCCUUCAAUGACAAGAGCCUGCAGACAACAUUUGAGUACCCUUCCGAGAGCUCCCUGGUACAGGAGGAAGAGGCAGAGGAGGAGGAAGAAGUGGAGGAGGAAGAAGAUGAAGAGGAACCUGGCUCAGAGAAGCCCUUUUCUCUCUUCCUACCCCGAGCCACCUUUGUGAGCAGUGUGGGGCCUGAGAGCCCCCGGCUCCCAGAUGGCAGCUCAGGCCUGUCCUGCUACACUCCAAAGCACUCCAUGGCCUUCAGCAGAUGGCAGGAGCAGACCGUGGUGCAGGUUCCCAGUGAGAUGGAGCCUCCAUUGAAAGAAGUCAUGCUCACACCUGCCAGUCAGAACGACCUCUCGGACUUCCGCAGUGAGCCAGCCCUCUAUUUCUGACCCCAGCGCUGCCAGGACUGCCAAGUCAUAGCUGAGGGGGGUGGCUGGGAGCCGAGGAGUCCUGCGCCCCCCCCCCCCCCCCCCGUUCUGUACCUUCAUCCUGGCUGUGCUCCACAUUUCUUCCUGUGUUUACUCCUGCUGUUGGCUAGGUCUGUCUGACCCAUUCAGGAUCUCCAAGGAAAAGUGGGGAGGGCUGAAGUCCAUCCAGUGGCCUGUCUGUGACUAGGUGAGGGCCUGUGCAGACUUGCCCCAGACCAAGGUUGCCUCCCAGCCUCCUGUCGUCACAGGUGUUUCUGGGGCAAGGUGCUGUCUGCAGGACUCUAAUCCCACCCUGAUGGAUUUAGUCUACCCUUUGUGAUAAAUGGCAGGUUUGUUUCUUGCCUCUGAUGUUGGAUCCAAUAAACCGCAUUGGAUAAGG